AAGAUCCAGAGCUAGGGCAAGGGGAGGGGACGCACCGUUGCGCCGUUGGAGCCCGAUCUCGUCUUCCGAUCCGCCAUUUCUAGGGUUCGAAAGAGAGCCGGAGGGGGAGAGAGAGGGGUGGAGAAAAACCCCAGCCAAACCUCAUGCUUUUGGAUUUUGUUUAGCUAGCUCAGCUUCCAACUCCUCGGAACCCUCGCAGAUCCUUGGAGCUUUCGUCUCUCAAGAAGAGAUCGAGCGAGGAUGACGGAGCCCUCCAAAGUCAUUCACAUUCGUAAUGUUGGGCAUGAAAUAUCGGAGAACGACCUUCUUCAGUUAGUGCAGCCAUUUGGCCCUGUCAAUAAGCUUGUGAUGUUACGGGCUAAAAAUCAGGCUCUUCUCCAGAUGCAUGAUUUGCCUUCUGCUGUUAAUGUCCUGCAGUACUACUCAAAUGUUCAACCAAGUGUCAGGGGAAGGAAUGUUUACAUCCAAUUUUCUUCGCAUCAGGAGUUGACUACAGCAGACCAGAACUCUCAAGGACGAAGGGGUGAUCAGGAUUCACAACCCAACCGAAUCCUCUUAGUUACAAUUCAUCACAUGCUCUAUCCUAUAACAGUGGAAGUUCUGCAUCAAGUGUUUUCUCCUCAUGGAUUUGUAGAGAAGAUUGUCACAUUUCAGAAGUCAGCUGGUUUUCAAGCCCUUAUCCAGUAUCAAUCACGACAGAGUGCUCUGCAAGCAAGAACUGCUUUGCAAGGGCGCAAUAUAUAUGAUGGUUGCUGUCAGCUAGAUAUACAGUUUUCCAAUCUCAACGAGUUGCAAGUUAAUUACAACAACGAGCGGUCUAGAGAUUUCACAAAUCCAUCAUUGCCUACCGAACAGAGAGGAAGAUCAUCACAGUCUGGAUAUGGUGAUGCUGGGGGUCUGUACGCACUCCAACCUGGGGCAAGAGUUGCAUUUGCACAGGUGAGCAUUUCUCAGCCAACUAUGGGCAAUGCUGCGGCAAUUGCAGCUGCAUUUGGUGGUGGUUUGCCUCCUGGAAUAAGUGGUACUAAUGACAGGUGCACAAUCUUAGUCACUAAUUUGAAUCCUGAUAAAAUUGAUGAGGACAAGCUUUUUAAUUUGUUUUCAAUAUAUGGCAACAUCAUAAGAAUCAAGCUACUGCGUAAUAAACCAGAUCAUGCACUUGUUCAAAUGGGGGAUGGAUUUCAGGCUGAAUUGGCUGUACAUUUCUUGAAGGGUGCAAUUUUGUUUGGGAAGAGGAUGGAGGUGAAUUUCUCUAAGUAUCCGAACAUCACGCCUUCCCCCGACACCCAUGAGUAUGCUGGGUCCAGCCUUAACCGCUUCAACAACAAUGCAGUUAAAAAUUACCGAUAUUGUUGUGCCCCAACCAAAAUGAUCCAUGUUUCAGCUCUUCCUCAAGACAUCGCAGAGGAUGAAAUUGUAACUCACCUGGAGGAGCAUGGCACAAUUGUGAACAGCAAAAUUUUUGAGGUCAAUGGGAAGAAGCAGGCCCUGGUUCUGUUUGAGAAUGAGGAACAGGCUACCGAGGCUCUUGUAUGUAAGCAUGCAAGCACCAUUGACCGGUCAGUCAUUCGGAUUUCCUUCUCCCAGCUCCAGAGUAUUUAAACCUUGGAGAUAUAUGGGAGAAAAUGGUGGGUGUGCACUUUUUUUCUCUUGUUCUUGGUGUUAGCAAACAUUGAUUGUCAUCGGAAGAUGGCUGUGGCACAUUUUUGAAUUUGUAUUUUAAGUUAGGUUUUUAUGACAAUUCAGAAUGACCAUGUGUUCUAUUGGUAUGUAUUUCUUCGAUCCUAGGCAUCUUUGACAGUAUGAGUGGUGUCAACUUUGCUUAAUUAAGAGGCUUCUUUUUUUCAUGGUUA